AUGCCAGGGUUGCAGGUUGAAGCAAUCUUAGACGCCAUCGGAGCCCGGCUGUCGCCCAUCCUGCCGACCCUCGCUGCUCUCGUUGCGGUCGUGCUGCUGCAGCAUGUCCUGAGCCGGGGCCCUCUUGCCAACAUCCCCCUCGUGGGCCAAGAACUCGGCGGCGAUGAGAAGCGGAGGCAGGCAUACCUUUCCAAAGCGGGCGACUUGUACCUUGAGGGUUACAGGAAGUUCACCGUCGUUGUCGUGCCACCCAAGUACCUGGGCGAGCUGAGAAAACUCCCGGACGAUGUCGUCGACUUUGACCAGGCCAUCGCCCAGACGAUGCAUGCCAAGUACACCAAGAUACCCAUCGGCCAGCCAUUGAUCCCUCACACGAUAAAGGCGAGCCUCACGCCGGCCCUGGUCCGGAUCAACCCGACGAUUGCCAGUGAAGUGCAGCUGUCCAUCCGGAAAGAGCUCCCCCCUUGUGACGACUGGACCUCCAUCAACAUCAACCGGAAACUUCUCCGCAUCGUCGCCCUCGUCUCCGGCCGGGUCUUCAUUGGCGAGGAGCUCAGCCGGUCCCAGGAGUACCUUGACGCCGCCAUCAAUUACACCGUCGAGCUGAUGGACGCCCGCCGCGCCAUCGAGAGGCUACGCGCGUGGCAGCGUCCCUUCCUCGCCAACCGGCUACCCGAGGUGAAGAAACUCGACCAGCGGCUCGCCCAGGCGGACCGGUUCCUGCGCCCCAUCGUGGCUGCCCGGCGCCAGCUGCAGGACAGCGAGAAGCCCAAUGACAUGCUGCAGUGGAUCAUGGACGGCCAAGAUAAGUUCCGGCAAUACUCGACCGAGGAGCUCGCGAGGCUGCAGUUAGCUCUCUCUUUUGCGGCAAUCCACACAACGUCCCUGACGGCAACGAAUGUGUUUUACAAUCUCGCGGCUUAUCCGCACUAUAUCCCGGAACUGCGUGACGAGAUCCGCAGCGUCCUGGCCGAGCACGACGGCGUCUUCACGAGCCCGGCAUUGCAAGCCAUGAAGAAGGUCGACAGCUUCGUCAAGGAGACCAUGCGCCUGUACCCGACCGGCUUCGCCGGGUUUCAGCGCAAGGUCACCAAGACCUUUACCCUCUCCAACGGACAGGUCAUCCCGGCCGGCGUGGUGAUCCAGGUUCCCGCCGAUGCCAUCGCCCGCGACCCGGAAGUGUUCCCAAAUGCCGACCAGUUCGACCCCUGGCGCUUCUCCCGGCUGCGCGAGGAAGCACGCCGCGCUGGGAAGGCUGAGGAGGCCGCUCAUCACCAGUUCGUUUCCGUCAGCCCCGAAGUCCUGACGUUUGGCUAUGGGCGACACGCGUGCCCGGGCCGCUUCUUUGCCGCCAACGAGAUCAAGAUGAUCAUUGCCAACUUUAUCCUCGCCUACGACAUGAAACUGCCGGACGGGGUGACCGAGAGGUACCCGAACCUAACGUUCGGCUCGACGUGCGUUCCCGACCCUCGUAAGGAGUUGCUGUUCAAGAGGCUGGCAUAA